AUGAGAGAUAAUCGAGAAAGAGCUAAUACUCAAGUCGAUAAUAAUUCGUAUGAGGACAUCAUCAAGAAAUACAAGAACAUAAGUCCCACCAGCAAUAUGUCAACCUAAUUGGAGUCUAUCGAGGAAGAUGAAGUUCCCUCAAAUUUUUCAAUUGACUAGAUGGAAAAGGAAACAGAGAAAAAUUAAUUUCUCAGGAAAGCCAACGACUUGGAUCUUGUCAAUCAAAAUGAAUCAAUCUUUAGAUGUACCUUGAGUGAUGAUAAAUUAAAAGAACUCAAAUAAGGUAAAAAUGAAUGUUGUAUCUGUCACAAAAGUGCCUCACUUAUUCAUAAGUUGACACAAUGCAAAUUCUGUGGUAAUGUGGUAUGCAAAGAACAUGGAAAAAAGAAAAGAAAGGAUCCCAGUAAUCCUACCACUUUCAGACGAUUGUGUGAAAUCUGCGAAGACAAAUACAUUAGACUCAGUGUAGAAACAGCUUACAAAUAGAAGAGAGACCAAUUGGCUCAAUAAGCCUUGGAGUUGGAUACCUAAUCCAAAAGCCUGUUAUAGGAUAUUAGAUCUUUGUAGAAUCAGGUUUCUGAAAUCUAAUAAUAAGGUGUCAAACAAUAAGGGGAAUACAAGCAGAUACAGAAUGAACUUAUUUUUAAAACGUAGAAAUUAGACAAUGAAACCAAAGGCUUUUAGGAUGAGAAUCUUAAGUUGAAAUCGAUAAUUCAAUCCAUAAAAAAGGAAAUGCUAUCAUUGAAUGAAAGACUCAAUGAAAAAAAGAUAGAUUCUCAAAAGAAGCAGCAUAAUUUACAUCAAAUUGAACAAGAAAUUCAAUACAAUGAUAUUGAAUGCUAAAAAGUUAUGUUGGAAAUUGAAAAGUUAUAAUUAACUAUACAAUCCAAAAAACAAAAAGAUCAAUAACAAAAAAUAUAAUAGAAAUCUCAAAUUCAAAAAUCUGAGGUCAAAAAUUAUCAGCAAUAUAUUUAAACCGAUGAUUCUACAACUAUUUAAUAAUUCAAUCCAUAUUUAAAUAAUAAUAAUAAUUUGACAAUUAAUACCAAUUAGAGUAUUGAAAACGAACCAGAAAAAUCAGAUGAGAAAAAAAAGAAAUCCAAGAAGGAAUCAGAAGAUCGAGAAGAAGGUAGUUGUUGUUCAAUCAUGUGA